AUGCAAGUCUAUGAUGGCAAAGGGGUCUUCCAAGUAAGCAAAGGUCAGACUCAUGGGCCAGGGUCUGGUAUUUACAUGGAAACAAUAUUGAAUAUUUAUAUUACUGUGUUGAAUUCCAGGUAGUAACCUACGUAUGCAUGAUUACCAGUUCUGCCAUAUUGCCUCCUCAUCCUAAAGAUAGGUCAUACCAAAUAAUUACAUUAGUGGUGUAUGACUAUUUUCAGUAUCCCUGCAUGGUCUGGAAGGUCACUGUUCCAGUUAGGGGGUUUCUGUGUCUAUGUGUUUAUGUCUAUGUGGUCAGACAGACAGCCAGCAGCCAGGUUAUUAUCACUGCUCCUGAUAAACAGAAACUGGAAAUGACAUCACCACAAGAUGUUACCUGAAACGUAGAAGUGAGGCCUUUGUCAAUAACCUGGGACCCACUACCUUCUGAAAAAGUUGGUAGGUGUUUCAUAUCCCUCAGCCACACUGACCUAUGAGCAUGCAGAAGAAGUCAUACAAACACUUCUCCAGACAUAUGAAGCCUAGAUGAAAAUGCACACUGUUAUGAUAUUUUCUCUCUCUCUCGCUCUAUCUCUCUAACCCUCCCCCCCCCCCUCUCUCUCUCUCUCUCUCUCUCUCUCUCUCUCUCUCUCUUUCUUUCUCUUCUUUCUUUCUCUUUCGUUCUCUCUCUCUCCUCCCCCGAACCCUCCCUCUAGCUUUCAUGGCUAUGAGAGUCUACUGAAAUUAAAAUAACCAGAAAGGUAACUGGGGGCAAGGUCAUGUCUCACUUUAAAAACCAUCAACAGUUUAAUCUGCACCACCAGGAGAUUAACUGGAAGUCAGUUCAGUUCCCUGAAAUGAUUAGGACCAACGUGCGUCCCAAUGGCUGAGCUUGAGUAUAAUUCUCAUUAGUUUGUUUUGGGUCGUUUGAAGUUUGUCCUUCAGAUUUUGUGAUACGCCACUGAACCAUGAGAUAGAAGCAUAGCCAUAGUGGCACCGUAUCAGAGAUGUUUCCAGGGUCCUCAUAAUCUCUGUAUACAGGAACUUGGCUACCCUUGCCAGGAACUUUGUCCUGCAGUGAACCUACCCAAUGACCUUCAGAGCCAUAAGUUCACAUGUCAUGUGUUGGUCCAGUUCACAUCCCAGUGUAUGUAACAGAGCAUUUUUCCUUCACCGCUACACCAUUAAACUUGACCGAGAAGUUGGAAGAGUUUCUCACUUUCUGUUUGGAACCAAACAGGAUACAUUCUGUCUUGCUUAAAUGGAUAACCAUUUACUGCCUUGUCAGUUGGCUGCUUAGGGUCUUUUCAACAGUCUCCUUAGUCUAAUGUGAAACCGAAGGGUAGAAGCAUCCACAUACAGGAUUUAUUGCAUGUGCUUUCUUACAUGAUAACUCUAGGAAAACAGUUAGCUUUCUCUAAAUUCAUUGUUGGUCUUUGCAUGGUGUGUUGACUGUAGAAUGCCUAGUCAUCAGUGAUUGGUUGGAUAUCUCGAAACAUUUGCUUUAUUACUGUGUGAUAACACCUACAUAAUACCUAUAUUCAGCAACAUAUCAUGAUGUAUUGAUUCUGCAGUUUUGAAUGAGUGCCAAUGGUGUGGUUGGUUCAGCAGCUGUUGCAGUGCUUCUAGAACGGAAAAUAAAUUAAGACCCUGUGCUAGAUGCAUGUCACUCAUUACAUUUAAGGCAAAACGGGACUGUAUGGAAUGAUUGUUUUUAUUACAUAAUAAGAUAAACUGCAGGACUAGGACAACUGCAGUUAUGCCCUAAAUACCACACUUCAUUGAGCUGUAACUUUAUUUUGUCUUAAUUCAUGACAGAGCUGUUUUUGUGUAAGGGUUUAUAAUACCUUAUUUCAGACUGACAUGUAUUUAUAAUGUAUUUAUAAUGUAUUUAUAAUGUCGCCCAUGCAGUAUAUGAUGCAUUGGUGGUGAGUAAUUACACAGUAACCACAGUGUGAUUUGUACUUGAGCUGAGGAGGAGUUAUCAGAUCCACCCCCACUUCUCUUUUCCUGUCAUCUCAUUCUGUUCUGCUGAAUGUGGUGGAGGAGUGGACUUUAAUAAAGUAAAAUAGGACCCACACCCUCAGAUACGUACAGAUAGAAAGUGCAAAUAUGUAAAGUGCCAUUUAUAGUAUAAAUGAAACCUGGAAAAGCACUAUAUAAAUCCAAUCCAUUAUUAUCUAUUAAUUGAUUGUGUAACACUUUGCAUUGUAGUGUAUUAUUGUUUAAUUAUUCAUGUAGGCACACUGUAACAAAUAUUACAACUUAACAAUGAGUAAUUACAAUACUUCCUACACAAUACUUACAUUAAUAAAUAUACAGUGAAAAGAUCAUUGUAAUACAGUAUGCAAACCAUUGAUUGAUGUCAGAAUAACAUGUGUAUUUGUGUGUUUCAGGUGUGGGUGUUCCUCUGUUCAUCAACAAGACAGUGGGGGACUCCGUGGAGCUGCUGGCAGGCUUAGAGAGGGGACAUUUCAUAUCAUUGCAGUGGAAGUAUAGAGGAAAGGAUAUUGCAGAAGUCAACUCAGAAGGUGUAUAUUCACCUGGAUCCCAGUUUGAGGGGAGACUAGUUUAACGGUCAGAGAACUGCCACUGCAAGACUCAGGGGAAUUUCUAGUUAUAGGCGAAGGGGACAAAGGUCAGAUUGGCAGUAAGACCAUCACUCUGAAGGUCCACGGUAGGCUGUUAUCACCUUUUUGCAUCCUAUUUUGAUAUCAUUCUAAUUUAUAUCCAUGACCACAGCUGAUGAUCUUUAAACUAUAACACUGAUUUUGUGGUUUUAUACUGACCUUACUCACCAUGCUUUGAUACAUUAACAAGUUUUUAUCCUCUGUCGUCUUUCUCCUGGUGGUAUGGCUAUGGUAGGGUACAUUUAGAAGACUGAUUAUGAGUCUCUAUCUCUCUCCUGGUUGGUCAGAGCUUAUAUCCAAGGUGGUGAUCCAGACAGACAUCACGCUAUUUGCCAACCACUCCUGUACGGUGCGGCUGGUGUGCAACGUGUCCUGCUACUCCAACCUUACAUACACCUGGGAGAGAGACAAUGAGAUGUACGGGGACGCCCAGCAGAUUCACUUCUCUCUCUCUCCUGCAGAGAGAGACAUCAGUGUAACGUGCAACGACUCCAACCUAGUCAGUUGGAAAACUGUCUUUGCGACAGUAAAGUGUAGUAAUGACAAAACCGCCCCAGGUACCUAG